AUGGUUAUAAUUCAUGUGAAACAUAAGGAUGAGAGCCAAUUUCUCUAUGAAACUACAUUAAACACUAAAGUGGAGGAUCUGGUUACGUCCAUAGUAGCAAUUUAUAAUGGACGACUCAAAAUAGAAAGAAUUUGUGGAGAAAUGGAAGAAUUAUCGAAACACGGAACUCUGUAUCCCCCAGAAAUAUUAGGUUUGACGGAAGAUCAAGUUGAAGAAAUGAAAUUGAUUGAUACUUGGGGAGAAAAAUGUAUACCUAGUGGCGGUUACGAUACGAACAAAGAUCCCAUAGGUAGAAGAAACGGAAAACAACCUAAGAAAAAUAUGCAAGAGGUACUUAAAAAGGCCAUUGCAGAAGCUAGAGAUAUGGUAACAAAAAAGUUGGUAAUACAAGACAAAUGUUUAACUCUAAAAACCGUACAGGAAGCUAUAAAUAUUUUGAAGGGCGCUGUAACUAUAGUUUAUCCCAUGAAAUUGCCACCUCACGAUGUUAUUCGGAUGGAGUUUGAAAAUAUAGAAGAUCUCUCAGGCACUCAAGCAUCGUUGGAUGUUAUAGAUCCAGUUACUGCUCAACUCUGGUUUUGUGGAAAAGAGAUGUACAGGGACAAUAAAACUGUGGGUGAUUACGUUGGUAAAAUCGAAAAAUGCAGAGUAAUAAUGAAAAUAUCAAAAAGAGGUUCGGGAGCGCCUGCAAGAGAACCUGUAAUGAGUGAAGAAGAUCGAAAACAACUCAUGCUCCACGCUUAUAGAAGGCAAGAAGAACUGAAAAAGCUUGAUAAAGAUGACGACGACAAUUAUUUGAAUUCUGAUUGGGCUGAUAGUCAAAAUUUAAAGAAGGCGUUUCAUGGACUCCAUAAUAUUUCUUGGCGACCAUAG